AUGAUUUCAGGAAGCCCUCGUCAUGACGCAUAUGAUGCUCACAUAGAAGAGAUCAGAAAGACCGAAUAUCCUGGCCUACUCGAAACCACGUAUCUGGAUCACGCAGGAACAACUCUCUAUGCUAAGUCGUUGAUCAACGCCUACCAUAAAGACCUCACCUCCAACAUAUAUGGUAAUCCACAUUCAGAAUCUCCUGCAUCAUGGCUUUCCACACAGCGUGUAGAUGAGGCACGACAAGCUGUCCUGAAAUACUUCAACGCAGAUCCCGAACACUUCGAAGUCGUUUUCUGUGCUAAUGCCACUGCAGCCAUUAAGAUCGUCGCUGAGUGCUUCAGAGACCAAAAGUUCUGGUACGGUUAUCACAAGGACGCGCAUAACAGCCUCGUUGGUGUCAGAGAGGUUGCUUCUGAAUCACGAUGUUUCACCUCAAAUCUCGAGGUAGAGCAGUACUUCCAAGGCACAGAUCCUGGUCUCCGACUUUUUGCGUAUCCUGCUCAGUCAAAUAUGACAGGUUAUAGACCACCAUAUGCAUGGGCUAGGCAGAUUAGAAGCACAGGCACCUACGUACUACUUGACGCUGCUUCAUAUCUCACUUCUGGACGACUUGAUCUUGGUGAUGUCGAUGUAGCACCAGACUUCAUUGCUCUGUCCUUCUACAAGAUCUUUGGGUACCCAGACCUCGGCGCUUUAAUCGUGAGGAGAAGUGCUUUUAAUGUGCUGACGCGGCGAAAAUACUUCGGAGGCGGCACAGUCGAGCUCGUCACUGUGAUUGGUGGAUCGUCUCACGAAAGUAAGAAGCACCACAUUCAUGACUUUCUCGAGGAUGGUACCCUGCCAUUUCACAACAUCAUUGCACUCAAGCACGCGAUUGAAGUUCAAAAGAGAAUCUUCGGCACUCGAGAGGAUAUUUCACAACAUACUGCACAUCUGUCCGGAUGGCUCUAUCACACGCUCAAGAGCUUGAGGCAUGCAAACGGGCUGCCUGUUAUGGAACUUUAUAAGGACAAAAAUGGCACUUAUGGAGACACGAAGACUCAAGGACCUAUCCUCUCCUUCAACAUCUGGAGAGCUGACAGAACCUUCAUCGGCAAGAGCCACUUCGAGAAACUCGCCAUCAGUUGCGGCUUUCAGAUCAGGACGGGAGGUGUAUGUAACCCAGGGGGCGUAGCCUUCAUGGUGGAGCUUGAGCACUGGGAGUUGAGAAGGAACUUCACCGAAGGGGUGUCAUGUGGAGACGACAAGGACAUCAUUGGAGGAAAACCAACUGGCAUUAUCAGAGUCAGUCUUGGCGCGAUGUCAACAAUGUCAGACGUGACGAGGUUCGUGCAUUUUGUGAAGCACUUCUUUGUCGAGCGGGAGGUCAAGGCGGCAAGGGCAGUGACACUCCCGACAUCAAUCUUUCCGGUUGAAGGAUGCGCUCCGUUCGAAGUGGAAGACUUUGUGCCCUACCAGCCCUUCAACCGGGCCUGGUGCAUUAUCGAUACAAAGUCCGGGAAGGUCGUGAAAUCAAGCUUUGGCGGUUUGAAAGUCGGAAUUGACGUGAAGAGAGAAAAAUUGGUUUUCAACGAUAGCUUCCAAAUGAGUUUGUGGGAUGUGCCUGAGAUGACUGACAAGGACCGUCGAAGUAAGCCUUGGUAUCGGACAUACGAAGUAUACACUGGAGAAGUCAAUCGCUGGCUGACAGAGACACUUGGCUUUCAAUGCGCUUUGGCAAGGUAUAACCACGAAGACCACACCCUGUCGCCUGCGGCAACUACAUGCGUUAUCUGUGGACUCAGAACAUUCGACAAAACCGGUCUCUACAAGCACUACGAAGAUCAUGCUCAUGAAUUUUUGAGAGCCAGAUCAUUCAGAAGGGAAACAGUCAACGCAACACCCAAUCUAAAGAGCAAGAUGAGCCGCGCUGCAAGUAAAUCGAUGCUCCGCCUCGACAAGAUCUUCGUCACUAGGUAUGAGCUUGAAAAAGAUGAGGGGCAGCCUCAGGUCACUAUUGUCGCGCAAGCUGAGCUAGAUCCUAGGAAUUCUGCUGUGCUGAAGCAGCAGAGACGAAAGCCGAUAUCUGUGCUGGUACACAGGAUCAUGGGUAGGGGAGAAAGAUAA